AUGAGAGAGCUUAAGUGCAACUGUCCCCUUGGUGAAGAUGUAGGUGGAAGACGCCAGAAGCCCCGGGGAGCCUUCAGCCAUGCAAAAGAGCUUAAGGACCGCUCAAGAUGGACAACAGGUGUCAGCCUGCCCUUAAUGUCUGUCCAUGUUGGCACUAGUGGUUCUCCUAAUGCCAGCAUGAUGAGCAAACUUGCUGUGACCUCUAUAGCUUCUCCCAGCUCUCUGAUGGUCAGUUACAAAUAUGAAAGUUAUGAAGAGAUACCUUUACCACCGUACCCUACCUUUCUUCAAUUUUCUCCUAUAACCAUUACCUCAGAUUUUAAUGCUAAAGAAUUUGUUGAAACUCACUUUUCUCAUGGAGAAAUUGAUAUAAUAGAGGAGUGCAUGGGCCAACCUGUAAAAAUAUUGCAUGAGCUGUUUUCUUCAGGACAAAUGACAGGACAAAUAUUGAUCGAUAUUAGUGUUGGGGCUGUAAUCUACCAACUCUUAUCGGCCAGCAAUGUUUUCAAGGAGAUCUAUGUGAUGGAAUUCACAGAUGCUAAUAUCAAACACUUCAAGAAAUGGCUGGAGAAGGGUGAAGAUGCCACUGACUGGUCAUUCACUUCCAAACUAGUGUGUGACCGUCAAGGCAACAGAGAUGGAUGGCAGGAACCGGAAGAGAAAGUGAGAAGAGCGAUUAAAAAUGUUGUUAAAUGGGAUAUCUUUAAAAAUAGUUGUAUAGAUCCCCAACUUGUACCCAUCGCUGACUGUGUUAUCAGUCUCUGGAUAAUAAAUGUAAUUAGUAAAACCAAAGAAGAAUUCCAGAGGAACGUGAAAAGUUUCACAUCACGGCUUAAGAUUGGUGGACAUCUGCUGCUCUUUACUGUGCUGGAUAUGACCUACUAUAGAGUGGGGCAGCACAAGCAUUUUAUCCUUACAGUGGAUGAAGCUUUUGUACGAGAGUCUGUGGUUAAUGCUGGGUUUGUCAUUGAGAAGACAGAUUUGUGGAAUGCUACAGUAGAGUCUGAUAUUGUUGAUUAUAAGCAUAUGCUUUUCAUCCUUGCUCGUAAGGAAAGAGAGGUCUAA